AUGAGUUUUGACGAUGUCGCAUGGGUAAAGAGCGAGCAAAUUGUCGACAACUGGAUCUACCAACCUGUGGAUUUUACAGUGAUUGGUAAGGGUGGUUACAAUAUCUCCUUCCGAAUGGAGUUCGAAGAUGCUCCAGCGGCGGUGAUACGCUACCCUCUGCCUGCGACCCUUCGAUUUCCCAAUGAGAAGAUCUGGAAUGAGGUCGCUGUCAUGAGCUAUCUCAGAGAACACACUUCAAUCCCGGUUCCGCGGGUAUUCCAUCGAGGAAGAGCAGAAGAAAGUCAACUGUCAAUGAGACCAUUCAUCAUAAUGGAGUAUGCCAGACAUGACUCCACGAUGUAUGCCUCGUUGAACACGCCCGGACGCCCGACAAAUCUACGCGGAAUCCUCGAUCCUGGUAUCGCAGAGGAGAAAUUGGAGAUGCUGUAUCGUCAGCUCGCAGACAUUCUUCGGGAGCUUCCCAUGCUGACUUUUUCUCGAACAGGGUCGCUUCAUCAAAAGGACGAGUCGAGGUGGGAAGUGGCAUACCGACCCCUGACACUCAACAUGGAGCAAAUGGUUGUUACAGGAACUUUGCCUCCAACACAUUUGCCGGAUCCAGAUGCGACUUUCGCAACUUCAGCUUCAUAUUUACAGUCUGUCGCAGAAUCAUUCGUCCAACAUCUCCAUCACCAGAGAAACAACGCGAUCGAGUCUGCGGACGACUGUCGGCGAAAGACAGCUGGGAGAGCGGAGAUCUUUGGUCCGACAAAUGACCCCGAAAAUGACUGGAAGGAGAGACUUGCCCUGUUGAGCGACGACGAUCAUGCUGAGAUGGAGAAACUUGUGAUCCGGAAGCUUGGAGAGAUGAAAAACAGAGAGCUUGCAUGGGACUGCGACGAGUACACUCGCUUUCUUUCCGAUGCUAUGAAAAAUGAUCAUGAGUGCAACGUGAGUGAGGUUACGAAUGACCCAUCCGAGCAUUCACUUGAAUCAGCCCAUUCGAUGGCCAUGUUCCAAGGUAUCCUCGAUUUCGCGGCCAAGAAGAACACCACAGCUGCGACUGGAACCACAAGGACUUAG